UAACGAACAGUCAAUAAUCGUUGGUUACGUUCAAAUUAAUCUUUGUAAUUUUCUUGUUUUUAGAUCUGCCAAGAUCUCAGAAACCUGUCUCAAUAUGAACGUGUUUGACCGCAGUAUCAAAUUGGAUGUUCUCCUCAAGUUCUCCCAAAUUUCCCAAUCUACCCAGUUACACCUGAAGAAUGUCUACUCCAGUUUGGCAGUGUGCAUGUUCGUGGCUGCAGCAGGCUCCUACGUCCAUGUUGUCACACGGCUCUUUCAGGGUGGGUUGCUGACUCUUCUGGGUUCCCUGGGCAUGGUGGUUUGGUUGUCCAUGACACCACACAACCCAGAGACCGAGAAGAAGAGACUGGCUAUCCUAGCAGGGUUUGCUUUCUUCACAGGUGUUGGUCUUGGACCAGCAAUGGACUUUGUCAUCUUCAUUAACCCAAGCAUCAUUGUGACAGCCUUCCUUGGAACCUCAAUCAUCUUUGUCUGCUUCACUCUCAGUGCCCUGUAUGCCAAGCGCAGGAGCUUCCUCUUCCUAGGAGGUACUCUGAUGUCUGGCUUGUCUGUCUUGUUCCUGGUGUCUGUGGUGAACAUGUUCUUUGGGUCAGCGAUACUCUUCAAGGCUCACAUGUACCUGGGUCUGGUCAUUAUGUGUGGCUUUGUUCUGUUCGACACUCAGCUCAUCAUUGAGAAAGCAGAGAACGGAGACAAGGACUACAUCUGGCAUUGUGUGGACCUGUUCCUCGACUUUGUGACCAUUUUCAGAAAACUCAUGAUUCUCCUUGCCAUGAAUGAGAAGGACAAGAAGAAAGAAAAGAAGUAGAUUAAAUAAAUCCAGUUGAAGUUUCAAAUGAAAAACGAGCUGUGACAAGGAACAGAACCAGCAACAAAGCCUCUGUCUGCAGUGCUGUUGGUGCUUUCACUAUUUGUCGUUCUUGGUACUUUUAGUCCAUUGAUUUGAGCUUGCAAGAGUUAAACGGUUGUAUUUUAGGCUACUGCUGCAGUGAGAAUGCUUGUCCUGUAGGGGGAGUGGUUGUUCUAUGAAGGUCUACAUAACAGAACUGAACUCUUUGUCAUAAAAAAAAAUAAAAAUAAAAAACAUUUUUUCAGAAGGCCGUUUGAGCUUUUGGAGAUUAAUCAUAGUUUUAUGUUCUAAUAUUUGGAUUUGUUAAUGCUAUUCUUCUAAUCUGUUUAGUAUAGUUUAGUUUAUGGAAGGGAUGUGACAGACAUCCUGACCCGUUACGUCUUUAUCAAAUCACAUUUUGUCACAUGCGCCGAAUACAACAGGUGUAGUAGACCUUACCGUGAAAUGCUUACUUACAAGCCCUUAUUAACCAACAAUGCAGUUCAAUAAAUAGUUAAGAAAAUAUUUACUAAAUAAAACGUAACAAGAAAAUAACAAUAACGAGGCUAUAUACAGGGGGUGCUGGUCCCGAGUCACAACUUCUCAUUUUGCUCUUAUUUACUACUUCACUGCGUUACGUUGAAGAAGAACGUAUUGGUAAUUCGGCUGACCUUUCAUGAAGAUGUACAUUUGCAUUUUAUGGUCAGUUUGUGCGCCACAAAAAGGACUGGUCAAGGCUGUAGAAUAAAUGGAUCAACUGCCGAUGCGUUCUCGUAAUAUUUUUGUUAUCUGAAAAGGCCUACUGUGAAAAACAUACUUUACCAGUGAUAACUUUGGAUACAUUUAUCAAAUUAGGUUAACUAAAUGCAGUUUUCAUUGCAGAUAUACAUUUCAAGAGCAAGGUAUAUGGUAUAAUUUUAUUUGUGCUUCAGUGAGAACACAUGAACAAGAAAUAAUCAAAAACCUUUUUAAAAGAAUGUUGACAUCUUAGCUGUUCAAGAUUAUGACAUCCAAAGUUAAACAAUCUAUUUUAGCCAGGUGACUGCAUUUACAAGUUAACAAAUAAAAUGGGACAAUUACAAAUAUGCAGUUGAUUUAACAUAAAAAUAAAUACAUAAUUAAUUGGACAAUAUUAUUGCUGGCAUAUUACCUUCAAAGAAUGGCCGGCUAAACUAAACGCUUUCUUGGCAGUUAGAGAAAAUCUUAACCCCAUCAACAAAUAAUUUGACAUAAAAUUAAAUGUAUUCAAUAGUGAAAAAUGAAGCUCAAGAUGAAGGAUUCAGUACAUUGGGUGUGCUGAUAAAGAGGGAUUUAUUGGUAACGAGUCCUUGCAUGUUCAGUGUUCCAGCGCUCUGUAGGUGAAGGUUGGCGUAAGACUUAAUUAACAAGACAUUCAAUUUCAACAAAUUAUUUUUUGUGUGGAAAUGUUCGAUAUUGUAAUCAUGUGUAUUACCUAUUACUAAGCGAUUAACUGAAAUGUUAGUUAUUUUUGUUUUCAAAUGGACUGACAUCCGUUCAAUUAUUUUAAUUCCAUUUAGUUGUUUUCUGACCUCAAUGACCACAUUGCGCAGUUUCUCUAUAGAGAUAAAUCGGUUCAAGCCCGAACUGUGCAAUGUAGUAGGGAGUUGUAGAAUAUUGAACUGUUGGAAAGUACAUCAUUUCGCGUUGAAACCGUGGUAAUUAACGACAAUGACCAUAAUACAUUGCGCAGCUACUUGGCCGGUCUGCUUCUUUUAGGCAUGCUACCUUAGGUUAGUGUGAGGCAGACAGAAGAAUGCGCGAUAGGGAUAGAGAGCACUUGCUUCCUGAGGUGUCUACAUACAUUAUCUAAGUGAUUGAUAGUUGGUAUUCAGCGGUCAUAAAAAUAUGCCUUAUUUAUUUUGAACUUCUAAAAUAGGGAUUUUGUCAGAGCAUAGGCAGCAGCUCAAUAUAGAUGAGAUGACUUGGAAUGGAAUAAUAAGGUCAUCUACACAACUGGAAUAUUUGAUUAAAUGAAUGUGAAUACAUGGUGCAGUAAUGGGCAGUCACUUUCAAAUGUAACUACCAUCAUUGGACUUUGUUUUAUUCUGUGAUACAGUAUUUAAUUAGCUAAAUAAAUAAUUGAAAUCAAA